CGACACUCAAAAACUAAUACGUGGGAAGGUGAGUUGGCGGAAGAAAAAAAAAUCACGUUUUUGAGUGAGAUUGUUUGAGAAACAAGUUGACUCAUUUAGCUGUUUAUUUGUUUGAGUUAAAAGCUAUUUUCUUAAGAAUUGCAAACAGUAAGUAUGUUGUCUGGCCAGAUGCUAACUAGACGGCUUGCUAUCGAACCAACGUUAGAUAGCUAACACGGUGGCCAGUUAACGUUAGUUACCUUGCUUACCAAACAACAGGGACUGAAUCCCGAGGCUUCUGUUAUUUUGCAUUUGAAACUUUUUCGAACUGUUGAUAACAUAACAUCAAGCUAAUCACUACCAUGAGUUUGACGAUGGAGACCAGUGUCUCUUUCCUCAAAUAUGAACUUGCAUCGACCAUCGAACAGGCAGUGAGGUGUGCAGUAGAAGCCGUUUUGAAGGAAACUGCUAGAGUAGUCGGUAUCAAACUGGCCGCAGCUCGGACUGCUGCUGCUGAGUCUCAUCGUGAGAACCAAAGUUUGAGAGAGAGACUUGACGUAUCUGAGGGUGAACUCAAAGCAACACGGUACUACAUGACAGCAGCCGAGAAGAACAUCAAACAGUGUUUACUUCUUAAUCACAACCAGCCUAGAUCGGGUGCUUUAGGACCUGGUUCGGAAGAGUCUCAUUUUCUCUUUCCCCCCACUGCUUCGGGGAGUCCUUCCAAUAUGCUCACGACCCGUGGCCCCAAGUCGUUUCGAGCCUCAUCCACACGAUCACAGUUUUCUAAGUCACUCCCCAGUGUAGGUCUUUGCUUACCAACAGUGCAGCAUGAAUGGCCCAGGAGCAGCGAAAACUUGAGGAGAAUACGGACAUCCUCCACUGUCUCUUCUACCAAUCCCUCACAAACAUCCAAAGUGCCACAAUUAGAGGUUGGAAAUUCAUCUCAUCACACUGAGGAGGAUACAGAGGGUCAAUUCUACAUUACAGACGAUGGGGUUGCAGAGAAAGAGUACAAAGUCCGUGCAACUGGAGGAGAGGACUCUGGAAUAAUUCAACAGGAGCAGGAGGGGGGAACAGUGGCAGCAGAAGACCCUCACAGAACUUCUAUUACCAACUUUGAGUUGGAGAUGGGCCAGAGUCACCCAGCAGGCAAUGUGAAUGACCUGGGCCUGAUCCAGGUGCUCGAUGAGGUGGAUGAAGUUAAAAGAACAGUUAAAAUUGAAAACGACCCUGAGGUCCCAAGUAUGCUGGAGUCCCACCUCCCUGGGUCAUCACAACAACUGCCACCGAUGCCAGCUCACAUUGAUAAUGAUGGUGACAAUGAUGGUAACUUCAUGGGGUCUGUCCCACCCUCUGCAGGGGACGCUGGACUUCUAGGGGCUUUUGAAGUCCGACGGGAGAGCUCGGAUAAGGUGCAUCGCUGCAAUGUGUGUGGCCGGGGAUUCCGCCGCUUCUACUGCCUGAAGACACACCAGCGCAUUCACACGGGUGAGCGGCCAUAUCCCUGCAGGUAUUGCGAGAAGCGUUUCCGACACCUGGACAGUCUACAUAAGCACCAGCGCAUCCACACUGGGGAGAGGCCCUACCGCUGUGCCCAGUGUGGCUGCUGUUUCAGGGAGCUAGGCCAGCUCAAGAAGCACAGGCUGACCCACUCACCUGCUCCCACCACACCCCACCCGGUAGUGGCACUGUCUCUACUCCAAGCAGGGCCCUCCUAUACAUGGCCACACCUCCACUCACAGUCCCUGGAUUCCUAAUCAGGAUGGAUUUGGUACACACAUUCAUACAAACAUAUUUUGUAAACAUGAUAUGAUGGUACUAAUUUUGUGUGUUAAGUUCACCCUAAUCAAAGUUAAUAUUAUUUAAUUGACAAUGUACACAAGCUGAUCAUGUAAGAAUCAUAUAUUUCAGGUAAGCUAGUGGUUAGUUACCCUUUCCCUUUCUGGGCCUCCCGAGUGGCGCAGCGGUCUAAGGCACUGCAUCGCGGUGCUAGAGGUGUUACUACAGACCCGGGUUCAUUCCCGGGAGUCCCAUAGGAUGGCGCACAAUUGGCCCAGCGUCGUCCGGGUUAGUGCUCAUCGCACUCCUGAAAUUUUGGGAGCAAGGAGGGUAAAAAAACAAGUAAAUAAUAUAAUAAUAAUAAUAAUCACUGCUUCUUCACAAUGUUCUUAAUUGGCAUAAAAGGGUGUUCAUUAUGCAGUCACAGAUAUGAGCAGGUCUGCAGAUUCUGCCGGGAAAGGUUUAUACAACAGUUUGGCAUCGAGGGUUGAUUUUCGUUAACUACACACCUGGUAAAAUGGAAAUACAGAACACUUUGGUUGAGUUGAUAGCACAAUACAGAAAUUAAUAGUGUAUUUUAGUUGGUAUUACAUGCAGAUCUUUAUCAACAGUUUAACACUAUAAUUAUAAAGACAAAACUGAAGGGAAAAUAUGUAUUUAAAGUGAUGCUUCUGUUGUAUAUUGUUUUCAUUAGCCUGUUCAUUUUGAACAGCAACAAAUUUGUGUUGUAUGUUUUUGAUUUACCUAAAAAGUCACAUUUUCA